GCAGAUCAGUCCAGCGGAGCCAGGACGCGGAUGAACCGAGCGAGAGCGCGUCUGUCGCACUGGUCGUUGUCUUUACCCGCCCCAGCAGCAGCAGCAGCAGCCCCGGCACCAGCACCAUGAUGCUCCACCUGCUCCACCUGCUCGCCCUGCUCUGCAGCAGCCAAGCUGUCAUGCAGGUGUCCAUAUCCUUGAACAAAGUGGAGUUGAGUGUCGGCGAGUCCAAGUUCUUCAUCUGCACAGCUAUCGGAGAGCCGGUAAGGCUGGAGUGGUACAACCCCCAGGGCGAGCGCAUCGUCCCCUCAAAGCGAAUGUCGCUGCACACGGAGACGUCACGAUCCAGGCUCAUCAUCUACAACGCCAUCAUUGAAGACGCGGGGAUCUACCGCUGCCAGGCCACUGACGCCAGCGGUCACACAGCGGAGGCCUCGGUGGUGCUGGAAAUUUACCAGAGGCUGACGUUCCGGGAUGUUCAGUCACCGCAGGAGUUCCGCCAUGGAGAGACGGCGGAGGUGGUGUGUGAUGUCAUUAGCUCGCCGGUUCCCGUGGUGGUGUGGUACUACCAGGACAGAGAGAUCACUGAGGAGUACAACAGCAGGUUCCAGGUGCUGCCCAACAACAACCUGCAGAUCCUUCAGAUGACCAAGGUGGAUGAAGGCGUGUACCGCUGUGAGGCCAGCGUGGAGGCCCGCGGGGAGAUCGAUUUUGUGGACAUCGCCGUGGUGGUCAACGUCCCUCCGGUGUUGUCGGUGUUCCAACAGUCCUUCAACGCCACAGCCGACUACCAGGAAUCAGUUACCUUCACCUGCAUCACUUCUGGAUCCCCUGACCCCGUGGUCACAUGGCACAGGAAAGGACUGCAGCUGGAGCCAGCAGAGCAGUUCAUUUUCAACAGGUUGGAAGGCGGCCGGAGCAUGUUAACCAUCCGCAACAUCCGACAAACCGACGGAGGGACCUACUCAUGCAAGGCCACCAACAAAGCGGGCUCUCAAGAAAGAGAGCUCUUCCUCAAAGUGUUUGUUCAGCCCCACAUCAUCCAGCUGAAGAACGUGACAGCCGUAGAGGGCAGCGCCGCCAUGAUCUCCUGCGUGGCUGAGGGAGAGCCUCUGCCUGACAUCUCCUGGCGGAGAGCCAGCGACGGCCAGGCCUUCAUGGACGGAGACAAGAGCCAUGACGGACGGUUCGAAGUCCGUGGUCGCCACGGCAAGUCUGCGCUGACCAUCAGCGGCGUGAGGCUCACCGACUUGGGGCGCUUUGACUGCGAGGCUCAGAGCAGGAUAGGAGGUCAUCAGAAGAGCAUGUUUCUGGACAUCGAAUAUAUCCCCAAAUUCCUGACCAACCACACCAUUUAUUACUCUUGGGAGGGGAAUCCUGUGAACAUAAGCUGUGAUGUGAUGUCCAACCCGCCUGCCACCAUGCUGUGGAGGAGGGAACGCCUCACCAUCUCCGAGGGAACCCCCAACAUGCAGAUACACAGAACAGAGGGCAAGUCUGUGUUGGAGGUGACUCCGAUGUCUGACCGAGACUUUGGCCGCUACAACUGCACAGCCCGGAACAACAUCGGAGUUCGAUACCAGGAGUUCAUUCUGGCCCAGGCAGAUGUACCGUCGAACCCUUACUCAGUCCGUCUGUCAGCUGUCUCGCAGCGCUUGGCAACCGUCACGUUCAUGAAGCCAGACUCUCAUGGCGGCGUUCCCAUCAGCUACUACCUGGUCCAGUAUAAGGAGGUGGGCUCGCUGGACUGGAGGGACGUCAAGUCGCACAGCGUCCAGACCACAGUGGUGCUGACGGGCCUGGAGCCCAACACGACGUACGAGGUUCGAGUGGCAGCUGUCAACGGAAAGGGUCAGGGGGAGUUCAGCCAUAUGGAGACCUUCCAGACUCUACCCAUCCGAGAGCCAAGUCCGCCGGCGGUCCACGGGCAGCGAGGGAUGGGCAAGGCCUACCGGCUGGGAUUGGUCAAGCAGGAUGAUGGAGGGAUGCCCAUCGUGGAGUAUAUAGUCAAGUACAAGACUGUAAGUGUCUUAGAGGACAAAGAGGAGCAGUGGAUGACCAAGCUGGUUCCAGGAGCCAACGACUUCGCAAUGCUGCAGCCGCUGCAGUGGAACACCAGAUAUGAAGUGGAAAUCACAGCGCGAAACGUCAAAGGCCUGUCAGAGCCCACCUUCUAUCAGUUCUUCAUGCCACAGAAACCCGAUAUUACAGCAGAAUCCCUGUUCAGCGGCCUGGGGCUCGGCGCGGUGGUGGGCCUGAGCCUGGGAGCGCUGCUGCUGCUCCUCGUGCUGGUGGACAUCAGCUGCUUCUUCCUGCGUCACUGCGGCCUGCUAAUGUGCAUCACGCGCACGCUGUGCAGCAAGAAGACGGCCACCAGUGGCAAGGGGAAGGAAAUAGAGGAGGGCAAGGCUGCCUACCUGAAGCUUCCGCUGAAGGAGGAAAAUGGAAAAGAGUCUCUGAAGCCCGACACGAUUGAAAUCAAACUGCACAGUGACAACAGCAUCCACAUAAAGCCAGACGACAGCAAAGCAUAAGCAGGGUCGGUCCCCUCGCCACCAAAAGAACAUUCGGAUCUCGAGACCAAAACCCAGAGAAACUGCAACACUGGAAAAUAGUGGAGUAAAAAUACUAUAUCUGUUUAUAUCAAUGCCCCAAUGACAGGCAUGUGUAAAUACAAAUAAUAGAGAAAGGAAAAUAGAAAGGAAGAAAGGAACCCGGCGUGGUUAAUACAUCGUGUUCUUACAAACAUGGAUUCAGUGGGAGGCUCUUGUUGAUUAAUGAUUGUAUUUUGUUUUUUUAGGGCCUUUAUUUGUCUCACUUUUGUCUCCUCCUCAGUGUAAUUUCUCUGAUUACGCUUUCUUUUUGUCAGAGCGAGUGCUCAGGCACAUCACGACAGCGGUUCGAGCCCGUUUAGCCGAGUCAGACGUCCAACCGAACGAGCAUUUUGUUUCAAGACGGCGGGCUUCAGGGUUCAAAAGGUAAACACAUUUCCAGGUAGAAUUAGCACUUAGGGAUUUAAUUAGUGACGAUUUGGGACUGACAUUUGAUGAAUUGUUUUUCUCUGAACGGUUGUUGCAAAAAAACUUUUAAAAUGCUGAAAAAAAAGAAAAGAAUACAACAAAUGUGUGUGGAUGUAAUCGUGGGUGAAGCCUCCUGUAUUGAAGCUGAUACUUUUAAGAAUGUGUGUUUCAUGCUUUGGUGUAAAACGAGCAGCAACGUGGUCUGGAUUGUGCCCUUCGCUGGUACUCCGCCGGACCGGGGAAGAGUGAGGAAGAACACUGACUUUAUUCAUUCAACCCCGUCUCACAUCUGCCUCAGACACUUUGUUUUUGUUCCUCCGUUUGGUCGCUUUUCUCUCUGAUGUCGUCGUGUGUUGUACAUAGGUGAAAGAAGAAAAAAAAGAAUAUUUUACAGAGCUUUUAUGUAAAUAUCCUCUAAAAGAUGUGUCUUUUAUUUCCUAAUGCAGAAAGCUUGGCUUUUUUGUGACCAUUUCUUAGAUUAUUGCUUUAUUUUGUCUGUUUUUUUUCUCUAUUUUAUAUAUUUUAAUUCUCCUCUCUCAGUUGUGUUCAGGUCCAAAGUUUGGUAAUUGUGUAAAAUUGCGUUCCUUAUUCAUUUGCUUUCCCUAAAGAGGACUCGUGCCCUGCGGCUAUUUGAGAACAUUUCAACAGAGGCAGUAAUUAAGGCAUUAAUGUGCCUUCUCUCUCUUUGUUUUCUUUUUUUUCUUUCCCCCCCUCCACUCUGGAGCUGAGCGCCCGCUGCAGCCGUGUACUCCAUCAAACAAAUAUUUGAUCGCAGCGUAGCUGCUUCCGGAUCAACGUUUAUUGUGAUGCUGUGAAUUCUGGGAAUCGUAGUGUUAGGAUCGUGGAUUGUAGUCGAUGACACUGUACAGGAACGGAUACGUUUGAGACUACUUCAGUUAAAGGACAGGCUGACUUGAACAGCGUGUAAUGCAUCACCCUGCGUGCGUGCGCGUGUGUGUGUGCGUGUGUGUGUGUGCAUACGUGCAUGGGUGGCUGAACACUCAGUAGCAUGUGUACCUGUUGAAUGUAUCUGCACGUGCUGCAAGCCAGCAUCGUACACAUUUGUGUGUGUGGCCGUUUCAGUUUUUCAAAGUAAUUCUCCUUAUCGAACCAUAUCCUAAAUUAAAGACUCAGUAAAUCGAUAUGUUGCUCUCCGGCAUUCAUUCAGUUCUAAUUUAUUUAUUUUUGUAUAUUAAAGCGUCUGCACACGUCCCCGCUCCGUUAUGCAGCUCUGUAGGUCAUGUUUGUGAAAAGCACGUGGCAGGUGUGAGCUCUGUGACGGUGAUUGAUUGUCCAGGCUGCAGCACGACACGCGUGUGUCUGCACGCACGCCCCC